GAGGAAGAACAGAAGGGGAUAAAAGCAGAAGCUAGUCGGACAUUAGUUUCUUAUGAUGGACCCAAAUUUAAUGGAAUUCAAACUCAAGAAAAAAGUCACAAAAUAAGUGAAAGCAAUGAGUUUCUGCCAUUUACAAAGGUCUUCGUUACUGAGACAUCCCUUAGACCACAUGAGAUGAUACUCAAUGAGAAGAAAUGCUUAGUGUGUGGAAAAAACUUCAGUCAUGUUAAAAACCUUAUUUCCCACAAAAGAAUUCACAUGGAGGAGAAAUCAUAUCAGUGCUCAGAGUGUGGAAAGACCUUCAGGCAGAAUGUUCAUUUGAUUCAACAUCAAAGAAUCCACACGGGCGAGAAACCAUAUCAAUGCUCAGCAUGUGGGAAGAGGUUUAGUCACAGCUCAGGACUUGCUUACCAUCAAAGAAUCCACACAGGGGAGAAACCCUAUAAAUGUUCAGAGUGUGGAAGGAGUUACAGUGACAGCUCAAGCCUCACUUCUCAUCAAAGAAGCCAUACAGGGGAGAAACCAUAUAAAUGCUUGGCGUGUGGACAAAGUUUCAGCGUGAGGUCAAGCCUUACAACCCAUCAGAGAAUCCACACAGGGGAAAAGCCAUAUCAGUGCUCAGAGUGUGGGAAAUGUUUCAGUCAGAAUUCAAAUCUUAACUCUCAUCAAAAAAUCCAUACAAAAGAGAAACCUUAUAAGUGCUUGGAGUGUGGUAAGAACUUCAGUCAGAGUUCUGGCCUUACUUCUCAUCAAAGAAUCCACACAGGGGAGAAACCAUAUCAGUGUUCUGAUUGUGGGAAGUGCUUUAAUAUCAGCUCAAGUCUUACUUGCCAUAAAAGAAUACACACAGGGGAGAAACCGUAUCAAUGCUCAGAUUGCGGGAAGAGCUUCAGGCGGAAUCUCCACCUUAUUCAACAUCAGAGAAUCCACACAGGAGAGAAACCAUAUCUGUGUUCUGACUGUGGGAAGAGCUUCAGUAUCAGCUCAAGCCUUACAUCUCAUCAACGAAUCCACACAGGAGAGAAGCCGUAUACAUGCUCUGAAUGUGGGAAGAGCUUCUGUUCCAGGUCAAUUCUUACUUCUCAUCAAAGAAUCCACACAGGAGACAAACCGUAUCUGUGCUCGGAAUGUGGAAAGGGCUUCAUCCAGAGCGCAAGCCUUAUUUCUCAUCAGAGAAUUCACACAGGGGAGAAACCUUAUAGAUGCUUGGCAUGUGGGAAAAGCUUCAGUCACAGCUCAAGCCUUAUUUCCCAUCAAAGAAUUCAUACUGGGGAGAAACCAGAAUAACGAACGCUCUAUGGCUAAAGUCUUGUGUAAAAUCACAGCUGAGUUACAGAACUGAAAAACGCUCUGUCUU